AUGUGGGGGUUCGUGUGGACUUUUGCAUUGAUCACGACUCUGGUGGCCGGGAAGAACAGGUCGUCCGAAUACCCGACCAAGUCCGGGAUUAAGACGUGGGUGGACCCGGAUACGCCCAAUGAUCGCCAAGUAUACACGAGCUCUCGAGGCAGACAAUGGGAACUCGUCAUGAGCGACGAAUUCAAUGUGGCCAACCGCAGCUUUCGACCAGGCGACGAUCACAUGUGGACGUCACUAGAUAAGCCGGACGGUGUCAAUGGAGCACUCGAGGUCUACGGACACAACAUGACCGGCACCAAGUGCGAUGACGAUGGCACUUGUUACUUUUACAUCGAAGUGGACUCGGAUAACUACACGAUAUCAGUCUACAAUAUGUACAAACAUCCACCAGGAUACCAGAACUCGACAUUCUACUACCGAGCUGCAAUGGUACAGUCCUGGAACAAGUUCUGCUUCCAAGGAGGAAUGCUAGAGGUGCGUGCUCAACUACCCGGAGCCGUAUCCACCGCUUCAGGUAACCCUGAUCUGGCACUAGGCAAGAAUGGACAAGUGACCGAGACGUCGUAUUACCCGACGUGGCCCGGUAUCUGGAUGAUGGGGAACCUCGGUCGAGCCAUCUUCUCAGGAUCCACCAACCGCAUGUGGCCCUUCUCAUACGACCGAUGCGAACCCGAGAUCUUUGACCCAAGUAACCAGCGUAUCAGCGCUUGUGACGAUGAUCCUGGCUACGGUUUGAACCCGAAUCAAGGACGUGGAGCUCCUGAGAUCGAUCUUCUUGAAGGUGGUGGCUUGGCCAUCUCGUCUUCGCUGCAGAUCGCUCCAGGAAUGCCCACGGACUUUCGUUUGUUCCCCGCCGACACCAAAGGAGUCGACGCUACCAAUCCGUACUGUGUGUACGCGUACAACUGCAAGACCGACGGUGCAAAUUUGAUCGAUGUUCCUACAGCUUACUACAAGAAGGAACGCGGACAUAAAUCCUGGUACCAAGGUCUCCGAUACGCAGCGAACAACAAUUGUGCCAAGAAGAAAGCCAAUGUCCAGAAUUUCGCCACGGUCAACGCUUCUGUAGCUCGUGGGAUUACUGAAAAUUCAUGCACCACCACGACGUGUCCUGCGUCUCUGGAUGUGAAUGGAGACUUGGAUUUCAUUGACGGAACCGGUAAAAACCACUGGGGGAUCAACUCGAACGGCACGUGCUUUCCCAUCAUGAAUUCGUACAUGGGCGCGUAUCUGUGCGAUCCCGAUAACAGCAACUCCAUGUGCACCAGUCCACGUAACUCUACGACACCAAAGUCGAACGCGAUGGAUCCUUUUAACUACCAGAUGGACGCUAUCUCGGCCAAUUGGCCUGUACAUCUAGGAGCGUAUACCGGUUAUCUCACUUACCAACUGGAAUGGGUCACGGGUGUGAACGGAUAUGUACGCUGGAUGCUUCACGGCAAUCCUCUAUUCGAGGUUACGGCCGAUGCGUUCUCUAACGUGCCUCAGAACUCUAACAGCAGUAACCCGCAGAAGGUCAUGCUAGAGGAGCCGAUGUCGCUAAUCUUUAACGUGGCGCUGUCGAGUUCUUGGGGUACGAAGCCUCCGAACCCUGGCAGUGCAUGCAAAGGAGAUGGCUCGGACGAGACGGUCAACAAGAUCUGCGAUGAGUUCCCAAUGUUCAUGAAGGUCGACUACAUCCGACUCUACCAGGACUUGGGCGAGGACUUGGAAGCUGACAACUACAUGCAGGUCGGCUGCGAUCCAGCGAGUCACCCGACUAAAGAGUGGAUCCAAGGCCACAUCGACGAAUACCAGGACGACGAUAACCUCGUGACCGAAGUGAUCGGUAAAGCCUUCUGUACUACCAACAGCGACUGUACUGUGGGUGGGAACUACGCCAGAACCGACUUAAUCACGGGAACGUGUGUCGACUCACGCUGUUCGUGCUCGUAUCCGAAAUCGUGGGGUGGUCCUCGCUGCACUGUGGCCCAAGCAGAGUCCACAUCUUCCAAGGCUUCGACGCGAGUGUACGGUCCGCCUAUUCCUUUGGCGUUGGCGGUAGCUGCGAUCGCUGUCUUCUUGACGUCCAUUUCAGUGUGGAGAGGCGUGAAUGCUGCAGCCAAGAGGAAUGCAGCGGUCACUAAGGCGAAUAUGAUGGCCAAGAGCGAUCCAGAGACGCGAGUUGCCAACAGUAGCUGCGUUUCUAACAUGUAG